AUGGUUUCAUCGCUUUCAAUUUUUUCUAUGUUAUUCAUCUUAAUAUUGAUCAUCUCUGCCAAUGCACAGUUUUUGCCCCAUCAAGAAUGUUUUUGUAAAGCAGCCCAUGCAGUUGAUUCUUGUAGCUGUGAUGGUUCAAGUAUCGAUGAAUUUAAUAAUGCGUUCGUCUAUACUCGAUUGCAAAAAUUGCUGCAGAAAGAUUUCUUUAGAUUUUAUAAGGUUAACAUGGAGAAGGGAUGUCCAUUUUGGGCAGAUAAUCGUCAGUGUUCAUCAAAGGAAUGUGGAAUCGGAUAUUGCGACGAUGAAGUACCAUCUGGAUUAAAAGAACUGGCUAGUAUUGCUGUAGUUCGUUUAUCACCUAAUCGUACAUCGAUAAAACUAACUCCAAAACAGGUUGAGGAGAAAUGUGAGCAUACUAGCAAUCAGUUCGAUCCGUUGGAUAGGACAUUAAGUGAUGGCAAUAGAAAACAAUUGCUUGAUAUGGACUGGCAUGAUGAUAACGAGAAUAAGUUUUGUGAUAUAGAAGAUGACGAUCUAUCGAAAAUGCACUAUGUUGAUCUACUUCGAAACCCCGAGCGUUAUACUGGCUAUAAAGGUAUAAGCGCGCAAAAAGUUUGGGAAUGUAUUUAUCGUGAAAACUGUUUUAAGCCAAAUAUGAAAUUCGACAAAAAUUUUCUUCUUCAUCCUAAUUCUGAUGGUUUGUGUUUAGAGAAACGUGUUUUUUAUCGUCUUAUUUCCGGAUUUCAUUCCUCCAUCACAGUUUCCAUUGCUGCUAACAGUUAUAAACCUGCUAUUGCUAAUUUUGAUGAAGGACGAUGGUAUCGAAAUGUUGAUAUGUUCCGCAAUCGUUUUGGGAUGAAAUGGUCUUGGGAAGGGCCUGAGCGUUUAAAAAAUAUUUAUUUUGUUUAUAUUCUGGAGCUUCGCGCAUUAAUCAAGGCUACUCCCUAUCUCCGUAAAGAACUUUUUUAUACUGGAAAUUCCGAGGAAGAUCAGGCGACAAGGACGGCAGUUGAAGAAUUAAUGAAUAUUCUGAAAGAUUUCCCUCAGCCAUUUGACGAAAGUGAAAUGUUCACCGGUGUGGAUGCUUUUGCUAGGCAACUGCGUGAAGAAUUUCGAAUUCAUUUUCAUAAUAUAUCUCGUAUAAUGGAUUGUGUUGAUUGUGACAAAUGUCGUUUAUGGGGAAAAGUUCAAACGCAUGGGAUGGGUACUGCACUUAAAAUUCUUUUUUCCGAUUUACCUUAUUCACACUACCGUCAAGGUGAAAGCUAUCGAACACCUUUUCAAUUAACUAGAUUUGAUGUUCCAGAUCGAAAAGGUGAAAUUUAG